UUGGCUGAUUCGGUUCGAGUGGAUGGAUUGGGUAAUUUCUCGUGACUGCUGGUGAAUGGUGUGCCGGCUGGACAAGAACUGACCUGGACUGACAGGUUAGGUGUAUUAAAAAACAGUUUUAAGCUAAAAUAUUACGUUAGAUUAGGUUUCCACUGGACUCCAGCGGAGAAGCGAUAGAAACCGCGUGAAUAUGGGGGAAGAAACUGAGAGCCCAGUGAAAAGAGAGAACCAGGACGUGAAGGAUGACAAUACACGCACGCCGGAGGACAGCGGCGUGAAAUAUUACACGCGCGAGGAGGUUCAAAUCCAUAACAUGAGCAAAGACACAUGGCUCAUAAUCCAUGAUAAAGUUUACGAUAUCACACGUUUCAUGGAGGAGCAUCCAGGAGGUGAAGAGGUUCUGCUGGAGCAAGCAGGCGCAGAUGCAACAGAAAGCUUUGAGGACGUGGGUCAUUCCACAGAUGCCAGAGAGAUGCUCCAGCAGUAUUACAUUGGCGAACUUCAUAUGGAUGAUCGAGAGAAAGUGUCAAAAAAGGAAGUUUACAUUACAACUUCCGAAGACGCCAGGUCAUGGACCACCUGGUUGAUUCCCACCGUAGCUGCUGUACUCGUGGGCGUCAUGUACCGUUACUACAUGUUGGAGCACAAAUCCUCUUGAACUCCUGUAAACUUUGUCACCGAUAUAUAUUUCUCUUGUCUGGAGGCCUUGACUUGUUUGAGUGAGUGAGUCAGCAAGAUCACUCUCUAAGCUCCUGCUCAUCCUCUGUUCUUUAUUUUCCACUCAACUAGCUAUUUGGAAAAGCUCCAAAGCCUAUUGGCUCAAUUUUUUUCUGCCAAAAUUUGCAGUUCUGUCUAACCUGCAGGACAUAACCUGCAGCAUUAUCUUGGUCACGCUUUCUGUCAUCAGAUUGUCACGCUUUUUUUUUUUUUUUUAAAUGUACUUGGAAAUGACUUCAACUGCUUUAAAUUAAUCUAGAGUGUAGUUGGAAAGAUCAGGUCCUUCAGGUAUGGUCCAGCUUUUGCUAAUGGAUUUUUAAUUCGCUGAUCAAAUCACAUGUCCACAGCCUUCGCAUAGCUGCUUAUUUAUGGCUGUCAGUGAAUUGCUUUGGGUUUAUUACCUAAGGAUUUUGAUCAAAUGAUACAAGUGGAGUUGAAAGAUACAUAUCCAAGAGAAGAGAAUAGCAAGAGUCAUGCUAUUAAAAAGAAAUUGCUAUUUUAAAUGCAACAUGUUUAUAGGAACAGUUUGCCCAAAAAUGAAAAUUCUGUCAUUUACUCACCCUCAUGUCAUUCCAA